AUGAGGAUCAACGAGCCGCGGAUAUUUCCGCGGACUUUGGAGGUUAUCUGCAUCGUCGUCGUGUAUCGCCGUCGUCGCGUGGGAGAGAGACAGAAGUUCCAGAAGUGGAGCACCAAGACCCAGCCCUUGCGGAUCCCCCAGGGUGUCAACAGUCAGGGUACAGUACAGCCCUCGUAG